AUGCAGAACGGUCUGCGCCCAAGAAAAGGAAAUAAGGUUGAGACCAAAGAGGCUUCCCAGCAAUCAGAGAGUCAGGAAAUGGAAGGAGGAGCUUCAGCAGCAGCAGCUGAAGCCACUGAUGAGGAGGAGCCCAGAGAGCCAACUCUGCAUGAUAUUGCUGGGAUUCUUCGGGCUUUCAUGGGACAACAGGAAGUUCGGGAGAAAAAGCAGAGAGAAGUUUCUGCACAACAAGAACAGCGCUUUAGGAGCUUGCAACAUCAGUUUCGGCUUUUGCAGAUGGAAAUACAGGCCAGGACAACCCCGCCCCCUGAGCCCACAUCAACUGAUUCACCACCUGUUACAACUCAAAUUGAUCAGAUUCAAGCAACAUCUCAACCUGAGGAUUCAGCUUUCAGCUCAACAGGUCAGUCUGUGCACCUUCCUCAUCCUAAAUUGGAAAAAUUGACUGCUGAAGAUGAUGUUGAGCACUUUCUGACCACGUUUGAGAGAAUUGCAGCUGCUUAUCGUUGGCCACAAUCAGACUGGGUUUUCCAUCUCAUUCCUCUUCUGACGGGUAAGGCUCGCUGUGCCUAUGUUAACAUGGAUGUGGAUGAUUCCCUGGAAUAUGGAAAGGUUUGGAUCAAGGAGCACAAUCCGAAGUCUGCUGCAGAAGCUGCUACUCUCGCUGACGUGUUUGUGGCCGCCAGAAGUAGGAGUCAGCCAUGGAGCAACAGUGCAUGGAGAGCUGCCAAAGAUUCACGUCGGUUACAACCUUAUCAGCCUCAUCAGAAGCUAGCAACGGGUGGGGGUAAGCCUUUUUUAAGAGAAAACCAGCCUUCUAAGGCAGGAAAAAGGCCUCCAGUGUGUUACCUCUGUGGACAAGAAGGUCACACCAAACCCAUGUGUCCUAAGAAUCAAAGUAAGCUAACUCAAGUGUGUUUUGUGCCUCAUCAGAAUGUGGAUGUUAAACUUGAAAUAAAGCAGUCAAGUAAAAUCAUUACAGUGAAGAUUGCUGGGCAUGAAAUAAAUGCUUUAAUAGAUACUGGCAGCACACAGACUCUAGUGCACAAGAACCAUGUACCAACUAAUUGUAUAUGCCCUUCUGAAACGAUAUCAGUUCGCUGUGUACAUGGUGAUGAGAAAUCAUACCCCACUGCUGAUAUGUUUGUUGAGGUGCAGGGAGCUCCCUAUCUGUUGAAGGUUGGGGUAGCUGAUAACCUACCCUAUCCUGUAGUUUUGGGGGAGGAUCUGCCUGUCAUCUAUGACUUGUUGAGGGAUGUGCAGAGCUGUAACGUGGCUGUAACCAGAGCCCAAGCUAAAAAUCAAGAUGAGCAUUUUGCAACACUUAGUGCUUUACCUUUUUUCGAGGCUGAGUUGCAGACAGAACCUGGGAAGUCUCGGAAGCCACGCAGUCAAAGAAGGCGUGAGAAAUUUCAACAUGCACUGGGUGAGACUUCAGUUGAAGUGGCUCCAGAUAUGCCACUGGGUUUUUCAAUACCCACAAACAUCAGACAAAUGCAGCAGAAUGAUCCAACUUUAUUUGCCCUGUUGCUGAAGGCUAGGAGGGAGGCCUCUGUAGGAUCUGACACAAAUAAAGAGCAGUAUAUACUGCAAGAUGGCAUUUUAUAUCAACAUGGCCAGUUAAAGCAGUUAGUUGUCCCUAAGGAGGCUCGUGAAACAGUCUAUAAGCUGUUGGGCAUCAGGAGCAUGAGGACAACACCAUACCACCCACAGACGGAUGGCCUGACGGAGCGUUUUAACCAAACUCUCAAACAAAUGCUACGUAAGUUUGUGAAUGAUACAGGCUCUGAUUGGGACCAGUGGUUGCCAUACCUCCUUUUUGCCUACAGGGAGGUUCCUCAGGCUUCCACUGGUUUCUCCCCAUUUGAGCUCCUCUAUGGCCAUGAUGUGAGGGGCCCUCUGACCCUGCUGAGAGAUGCAUGGGAGGGAGAUCAGAGUAAAGAGGAUCCAGUCAACAUUAUUUCAUUUGUUCUCCAUAUGAGGGAUAAACUGCAGCAAAUGAGUGAGUUGGCUCAGAGUCACAUGGCAGCUGCUCAGAAACACCAAAAGGUUUGGUUUGACAAGAAAGCUCGCCACAGAAGUUUUGCUCCUGGCCAGAAGGUUUUGGUAAUGUUGCCAACUUCUGACAGCAAGUUGUUAGCAAAAUGGCAGGGACCCUUUGAAGUACUGAGGAAAACUGGACCUACUACCUAUCAAGUCUCUACACCAGGUCUCCAGCGAGGGAGUCGAGUGCUCCAUGUUAACCUUCUCAAGGAGUGGGUUCCAAGGAAGGAGAAUGAGAGUGAGGUGUUGCUUAUUCACAGAGUGGAGGAGGAGGAAGAAGUUAAUGACUAUUUGCCCUCAGUAACAUCCUCUGUGCUGGACCUAAGCCAUCUCACCAGCGAGCAACAGUCUCAGCAUUGUUUUAAAACCAGAUGCUGCCAUAAAGCGUAUGAGUUACAGGAUACCCGAACGCUUCCGGGUGGAGCUGAAGGAGGAGAUGGACCUCAUGCUGUCUCUAGGAAUCAUCCAACCUUCAACAAGUACCUCAACUCUAUAUCAAAAUUUGACUCUUACCCAAUGCCACGUAUUGAUGACCUCAUUGAGCACCUGGGGGCAGCAAGAUACUUAACAACUAUUGAUCUGUCUAAGGGGUACUGGCAGGUGCCUCUCACUAAACAGUCCCAGGAGCUGACAGCGUUUCGCACCCCCUGGGGAUUGUUCGAGUUCACAGUCCUGCCAUUCGGUCUCCAUGGGGCCCCAGCAACAUUUCAAAGACUAAUGGAUCAGGUACUCUCUGGGCUCUCAGCAUUCACCUGUGCAUACCUUGAUGAUUUUGUGGUUUUCAGUGCAACUUGGGAAGAGCAUGUUCACCAUCUAAAGGAGGUCCUGGAUCGGCUGCGUUUAGCAGGCCUUACCAUCAAUCCAGCAAAGUGUGCUCUUGCCAGGACAGAAAUACAGUACCUGGGGUACACCAUUGGAGGUGGUACUCUGAAACCUCAAGUUGAUAAAAUCAAUGCGAUAGCAUCCUGUCCGCUCCCACAAACCAGGAAACAGCUGCGGUCUUUUCUUGGCAUGGCUGCAUUCUACCACAGAUUCAUUCCUAAUUUUUCAGCUAGAGCAGCAUUCCUAACAGACAUGACGGGCUCCAGAAGUCCCACUAAAAUUCAGUGGACAGCAGAGGCUAUUGCAGCAUUUAAGGACAUUAGCCAAUCUCUGAGUAAGAAUCCAGUUUUGCACUAA